AUGAAGCUUCUUCUGAUUUGUGUGCUGUUGGUGGCAGUUGGUGAGUCUUUUUCGCUGGAUUAAUAUGGCAAUUUAGCUAUUAAACUAGCACAUAUAACUAAACAAAGUGCAAUUAUUGCAGAAAUCUCCUUACUGCUGAUGUCCUCGAUUGAAAAUUAACCUUUUUACUUUUUCUUCUGGCAACAGCUGCAUUUGAGGAUGAUGAUGAUAAGAUUGUUGGAGGUUACGUCUGCACCAAGAACUCUCUCCCAUAUAUUGUAUCCCUAAAUAUCGGUUACCAUUAUUGUGGAGGUUCCCUGAUUACCAGCCAAUGGGUGCUCUCUGCUGCUCAUUGCUACAAACCGUAAGUAUUUAACCUCUAGAUAGAAAUGUACAAUGACAUCUUUCUGCUUAAGAGCUUUUUGUUUUUUUAAUGACUGGUUUAAAAGAAUAAAAGUCUAUUAGACAUUCUAUUCCUCUGGUGUCUUCCUUUGUGUGCUUGGUUUAUGUCCUAUCCACAGGUUGGGAAGCUAAAGAGAAAAACAUGGGUAUGGACAGAUAGAGAAGCAAAUGGCAGAUGUGUCACUCUUCAGGCUUCAUUGUGUCACUACAAAUGUAAUAGAAUUCCCCAAAACAUUGGAUUUGUAUUGGUCAUUGAACUAAAUGAAUAGAUUGUUUGGGAAACUGUAGAAUGUUUACAUCCCUUGCUCCUACACACACAAUCUCCCAUUAUGGUUGCGAUUUUUAUAAAACUAAAUUAUCACUAAAUCAGAGGAAAUGUUCCUCAUGUCAUAGUCAGGUAGUUGUUAUUAUUCUUAUUGGCAUUUAAAUAUUGAUAACUUAUUCCACAAUGCUUGGUUAGAUCUCAGUUCACAAAAAUAAUCUCAAAUACCAACACAUGUGUAUCGGAUUUCCUAUAUUCCCUCUUGCAGGAGCUUUCAGGUCAUUCUGGGAGAGCACAACAUCGCUGUGAGUGAGGGCACUGAGCAGGUUAUUAGCUCUGUCAAGGUCAUCAAACAUCCCAGCUACCAGUCCAGCAAGACAGACAAUGACAUCAUGCUGAUCAAGCUUGCCUCUCCUGCCAUCCUGAACUUCUACGUGAAUACUGUGUCUCUGCCCUCUGGCUGUGCCCCCGCUGGUACCAGCUGUCUGAUUGCCGGAUGAGGAAACACACUGAGUAGUGGCAGUAAGUUCAUACUAAUGCAUAAAUACUUUGUGGGGUAACAUGGGUUUUGUGGUUAUCACAUUAUUAUUGAAAAUUGUGUUUUCAAAUAACUGAGGUGCUUACUCACUGAACAGUUCUCUAGGGAGAUUCCAUGUUAAAACUGGGUAUUAGUCUGCCCCAGAAUAUAAUAGAAAUUUUAAUUAUGGUACAAACUAAUUAACUUCUACUUUUUUGACAUUACAAAAGGGUAGAAUUUAAAUGUAUAUGACAUGAUCUGCAUGCUGGUAUUGUGGUAAAGCAUACCAAAGAUAACAAAGCAUGAAUAUAUAUUGGUUUUCUGUUUCUUCUAGCACAGGAACUGUUAGAGACCGUAAAUAAUAACAAAUUUACCCUUCUAGUCUUAUUACUACCAGUAGAUAUUUGAGCCACAGGCUAUUUGUUCCCUCAAAGUGCUCUCAUUGUUAAGAAAGUUACAGGAAACGUUCUAAUCUCAUCAGCCAAUCGUCAGCCAAUCCAUGGAGCCAAUCCAAUAAGCUUUAAGUGAAUUCAGACUGUAUUUUUCAAUGUUUCAUUAACAGAUAAGAAUGUUUUAUCUAGGAUUUAGUUCACAUGUAACAAUACUACCAGUUAAUCAAAUCCUGUUUUAUUGUAGCCAAUUACCCAGAUCUCCUGCAGUGUCUCAAUGCCCCAAUUCUGACCGAUACACAGUGCAGCAAGUCCUACCCUGGGAAAAUCACUGGUAACAUGUUCUGUGCUGGUUUCAUUGAAGGAGGAAAGGAUUCCUGCCAGGUAAUAUAUCCAAUCAUGUUUCUUAUUGUUGAGCACUUAUACAUAUUAAUUAAUAGAUACCCAUUUAUAUAGCUAUAUAGCUAUUAUAUAUUAUAUUUCUGGUAAUGGCUACAAUGAGAAAAGUAGCUGCUCAUCCUUUGUGAGCUUAUAGAUAUAGGUAUACAUAAUCCUGUAACUAAAUGUAAUGAUUAAAAUGAUAUUGAGGGGAUGAUAUAUUUAUAUAAUAAGUCUAUAUAUUUACACAAUACAAUCAUAUAGAUUUUUUGGCGUUAUUAUAUACAUAUACCAGACGUUUUUGGAUGUUAUUGAUUAUUUUAUUUUAUAUGCAUAUUAUAUUCUCUGUAAUAUAUGUAUCAGUAAUGUCUUACAAUCUCUGUCAUCUUCCCCCAGGGUGACUCUGGUGGCCCCGUGACCUGUAAUGGUCAGCUCCAGGGUGUGGUCUCCUGGGGAAUUGGCUGUGCUCUGAGGAAUUACCCCGGAGUAUACACCAAGGUCUGCAACUACAUCGACUGGAUCCAGAACACCAUCGCUUCAAACUAAAACUUAUCAAGAAUUGCUUCUUUAUUUUUUCAUUAUUUAAAAUAAAAGUCUAAAUAAACUCCAUCUUUGCUUCGCUGUUAAACUGUGAAACCAAAUUCUAAUAAACUCUAGUUUUAUAAUUAAGAAGCUGCUGUUUUCACUUCAUGUAAUUUCAAGGUUAAGGAUAAAUAUUUUAUUUGAGGAAAUAUUGGUCCAGUGAGGGGUCAAAGAAAACUCUGGCUCUUGCAGUAGUGUAUUGCCCUGAUAGAAUAUAUGUUAGAAUUAUUAUUUUUUUACAUUUCAUGAAAAUACUAUUACAAAUAUCCCAUUGCCUCUGGAUGUCCCUGAUAAUAAUCAGAGCUGGAAACAUAAGGGUUAUUUAGUAAUUGUUAAAAUUUGCUAAUUAACUGAAUGGAGGCUAGUUAGUAUGUAAUGUUAAUUGUAAAAAAUUUUUUUUGUAAAUCUCUUUUUAUUAAGGUUUUCAUAAACAAAAGUACAAAGAGGAAGGACAGUUGUACAUAUGGGACUCGCAGGUCCCCAGAAGUGAGUAGAGCAAGAGAAAAAAAAAGAAAAAAUGAACGGAAGAAAACCACAUAUGUAAAACUCAUGCAGUAGAAGUGAACGUGAUGUGUUUAAGUGCCUUUAUGUUCCUAGGCUAGUUGUAGCUCUCAGGUUUCCCAACAGUGAAUAAGUCAGCUAUUGUCCUGUCGCCCACGGUCUCUUCUGUGAUCUGACAGGGGAUGUAGCGUUCUGCCUCCUUACCAACCGUGAUUGUACAGCUAUAACUUGUAUCACGGUUUUUCCUCGUACCUGGGCAGAUGAGCUUUACCAAGCUCUAUAGCAUACGGCUCUUGUCCCUGUUCUCUAGUUGGAAGGCGCGGGUCUUUGGCAAUCUAAGGGGUAUGUAUCAGUGUAUGUUGGGGAACAUUUGUGUUCAGGAAGGCUGUUCCGUUACAGGUAACUUUUGGUAGUGUGCUUCUACUUUUCUGAAGUCUGCUGACAUAUGUGAUUACUUGUUGGUUGUGUGACUGUAGUGUGUGUAUUGUGUCUCAGGAUUCGAUGGUGUGUCAGUGUGUGCGCACCCCCAUCACGUCCCACAUGUUCCACCUCGGGAAUCCUCCCGCAUGUUUGGGUAUGGUUGAGGUGUAAGGAGAACAAUGGAGGGGGGUAGUUAAGGUGGGGUGGUCCACACUACGAAGGGCCCGCGCCCGUCCCUACCCCCGCCACGGGCCCAGAAGCCCCCCACACCCGAGGGCAUCGAGCAAUGUACAUAAACCAUGGGCUCUACAUUUCUGCAUGUUUGAGUUCCCUACCCGUUAGGGAGGCAUGGAGCGCCUCCAUGCUCUGUAUGUCUUCCACCCGCUGUAUCCACUCCGACUUUGACGGUGUGGUAGUUUGUUUCCAAUACUCCGGAAUGGCUGCCUUAGCAGCGUUCAGCAGGUGCCGGAGGAUUAAUUGUAAAUUUUAUGUCAAGACACGGAGGCUAGUAUUGCUUAACCCUUUCUUUACUGUCCACCAAUAGCAGCAAAGAAAACAACAGCAAGAAAAAAAAUGGUAACCAUAGUGAUAGGCCACAUCCAUACCAAGUCCCAGUAUAAUAGUCAGCACAUCCCCACACAUUUCCUCUUUCUUUGCUGCUCCGACCACAGAUAGGAACAUGACAAAUUUUCUCUCAUACAUCCUAGUAUUCUCUUAUUGAUUCCUGGUUAUUUAUAUCAUUUAUUUAUUGUUAUUUGAGUUUCUAUUGCUCCUUUUGUUGAUAAUUCCUUUUUACUGUAAUUUAUCCAGUUGUUAAGGAAUUUUUCUGUGUGUUAUUACAUGCUUGUUUAAUACUAUAUAUUAUGUUGGUUACCUUUGAGCCCAGGGUUCCAGACCUUCCUUAUGUUUUAUUCUGUGUGUUAUCCAUGCUCAUUUGCUUCUUCUGAUUCUAACCAGUUCAGCAAAUUCUUCACGAACACAUGCCAUUCGUUUGUUUUUUCUAACACUUAGCUUCAUUCGUCUGUUUUGCCGCAUUUGGCUACUUUUCAUUUGAACAGUCAGUGCAUUCGCCUGUUUCCUAUUCAUUACUUUCAUCUAUUUAUCCCAUUGAAUUAGUCUCUUUUUUACUGAAUGUUCAGCUCUUUAACUUGAGGAAUUGACUGUAUUUUUGGCCGCGAAUCUCGCGAGUUUGUCAGUGGGCAUUUCCUGACUUACUGUCUCUCUGACUUUGUGCGUGUUCUAUUCCUAUCUGCCAGUCUGGACCCUGGGGAGCUCCCUAACUAUACCCUCCUAGAUUAUACUAGUUUGGGGUGAUUAACUCCUGCUAGUCUCCUCUACUCUGAUUUUAGCUUUAUCCCAUACACUUAUUCUGUUUAUAUAGUUGUUAUUCUUUUGUUGGGGAAUAUUUCACAGCACUACUAUGCCCAGAUCUAAAGUGCCUGACAGCCCCUCCUCCCCUAGGGAGAUGGACAUGCCCCAGGUUUCGGAUAACCUAUCUUCCCCUUCUUCUGUUGGGGACCCUAUACCCCUGUCUGAUGAGACCCAGUCCCUGGCGCUACAGCGCUCAGUCUCUGAUGCCAUUUUGGCUGAUAUGGGCACUAUGUCCUCUGUCCUCUCCCAGACCAUCUCACAGGCUUUACUUGCAUGCCCUUUGGCCGCAGAAGGCUCGGCCAUGCCGACACACUUAGCACGCCCGGCUACUGACCCUAUAGGGGAGGCACCAAAAAAGGCUACUGCCAAUUCCAGUCACUCAAAUCUCCCUGCCUCCAGAACCAACAGAAGUGGUGUGACUAUAGCCACCCAUGACAGCGUGCCUAUGUCACGCAAGAUAGCCUUUCCACACCAGGCAGAACGGGCGCGGCAGUGGAAAUGUGCUAGAGCACAAAAAGAGAGCAACUCUGGCUCAGAAAUCGGGUCUAGUGAGGAGGCUGAUGCUGAGUCUGUGGAUGACUCCGAUGAUGAAGUUUGUGGGCAGAAAUCUGACCCUUUUGGCCCUGCUCACUCCGUGGUGAUUGUGAGUGGCCAUAGGAGCGACUCCCCUGCUACUGUGGGCUGCACCCUCAUGGAUCCAUCUGGGGAACCCAUGUUUGACCCGAAAGCUCUCCAUCAUCCGAGGUAGGCGGAAUGACUCCCGGCGGACCAUGUGGCAUGGUACCUUGAAAACUGGGUACGACGCCCCUCAGUAAGGCGGCGCGUUAUAAACUUAGGGCGGAAUGCCCAAGACCAUUGGUACCUGGCAAAGUCUGUGAGACCCCUGUAGUGGACCCAAAGAUGACCCAAUUCCUCUCCAAAAUGGGUUGGAAUGCCCGCAAGGGUCUAGAUGCAGCACUUAAAAUCAUGCCAAGAUAAACAUCUUAACAUAUUUGGCCCUUUGGCCAAACUGUUUGACCUGCCUGAAAUCGCCAGAACCGAGAACCGGCAAGUUGACCCGGAGGAACUCCGUGGCUGGGUGCAGUGGGCUACCUGCAUUGCAGGCAGCGUAAACACUUCCCUGUCCAUUGAAACACGUAAAGCCAUUCUGUUCAAGCUGGAACCCAAAUUGACCAACCUCACCCUCACAGAGGCAGGCAAAGACGCCCAGGGCCUUUUAUUUGGGGACUCCUUAAUUAAGGACCUGGGGCGCUUUGUGGGUGCAUUUACAGCCCUAGAUAAGGCCCAAUCCUCCAUGAAGAGGGUGUUUCAGGGACGGGUGUCUACCAGGGCCGGUAGAUUCAGGGGUCGUCUGUCCGGCCAUUCCAAUUACCAUGCCAAUGGAUCGGGACAAGGAUCCUACACUCAGAGAACACCCUACCAGGAGACGAGACAACAGUCUCCUUUCUUCCCCUCUCAUAGAAGACCAUGGCAUUCCAGAAGCUUCAGAGGGAACCCUGGUUCCAGACGCCCUUACGGUAAGCUUACAUCUACUUCCUGUUUCUUCCAAUAUGUGUGUAGGGGGCAGACUCUGUCAUUUUUUCCACACCUGGUCAGCCAUCACCUCAGAUGUCUGGGUUCUGACCACAGUUUGGGGGUUUCACAUCGAACUGGUCGACACUACGUGUCAUGUUCCCCCACCUUGCCCUAUUUUGCUUUCAACAACCGACCGCACCUUAUAAGACGUGGAACUAACGUCCCUCCAGGCAAAAGGGGCGAUAGAGCUAGCCCCGGUGUCCUCCACAGGGGUGAUCAGCAAUAUUUUCCUAGUGGAAAAGAAAGGCGGACAAAUGCGCCCAGUUAUCAACCUCCGUGCCCUAAACACCCUGGUGCGAUAUCGUCACUCCAAAAUGGAGGGCAUCCACCUCCUGCGAGACUUACUCCUUCAGGGAGACUGGAUGGCAAAGUUGGAUUUGAAGGAUGUCUAUCUGACGGUCCCAGUGGCUGAGUCAUCCAGGGACCUGUUACGUUUCCUCUGGAAAGAAGACACCUGGCGCUUCACGUGCCUCCCCUUGGGACUGUCGUCAGCCCCUUGGUGCUUCACAAAACUGAUGCGCCCCACAAUGGCUUGGCUGUGCAGUUGGGGAGUCCGGCUAAUCAUCUACUUGGACGACAUCCUCAUCAUGGCACAUGAUCGUUCAGUCCUUCCUAAACAUCUUCAAUGGACGAUGGACUUCCUCUCCCACCUGGGUUUUCUCUUCAACUGGGAAAAAUCCUGCCUAUCUCCUUCGCAAUGCAUGGAGAGAUUCCUAGGUAGAUUCCAAAGCGGAGUCAGUGAGCCUCCCUAUGUCCAAGAUACGGACAAUCCACAAGGAAAUGCACCAAGCUCUAACGCGCACCCAGCUAUCUCUACGCCACCUGGCAUGGAUCAUUGGCCUUCUGGCAGCAUCAAUCCAAGUGGUGGACAGGAACCUGGUGGUCCAGGCAGAAUACCUUCAUGGGCUCCACAACACUCACACGGACUGGAGUUCACGCUGUUGGACAACAGCGAUUGGAAAUUGGAUGUGGGAGUAUUCUCCGCUAUAUCGUCCAUAUGGGGUCCUUUUGCCAUCAACCUCGUCGCGUCCAGGCUCAAUACCCAAUUGCCCUGGUUCUACAGCUGGUGCCCGGAUCCAACCACGGAGGCAGUGGACUCCUUCCUACAAGACUGGAUGGCUCACUCCUCUAUGCCUUUCCCCCAUUUGCCAUGAUCCCUCGGGUCCUGCUCCAAGUUCGCCGCCAAAUGGCCGACCUGAUCUUACUAACCCCAUUCUGGGGGACCCAAUCCUGGUUCCCACAACUCCUGGAACUGCUGCCAUCUCUACCAAACCUCCUCCUGGACCCAUCAGGCCUCCAGCAUCCCCUCCUAGCAGACGGGUGAUUACUGCUGCAUGCAUGGAGGAUUUCAGGAGUCCCUGGGAAAUCCAAGGGGUUUCGGACGCAACUCGACACCUCCUGGCUGAUGCAUGGGCUCCUGGGACUUGACGGGCAUAUGGGACCGCUAGGAAAGCUUGGACUGGCUGAUGCCUGGCUUGGAACUUGGAUCCAGUUUCAGCACCUGUGACUGCGAUCCUCCUAUUCCUGACUUUGUUAUUUGAAGUGGGUCGGGCAUAUAGCAUGAUUAAUUCGUACAGGUCGGCCAUCUCCUUGGCUUACCAAGGAUUUGACGUCUUCCCAGCAGGCCAACAUCUGUUAGUGUGCCACUUACUUCGGGGCUCACGCCUGUGGUGCCCCCCUAGACCUCGUUACUCAACUACAUGGUAGUUUCCUGCAUUUUGUCGCUGUUCUCCUCCUGGCCGCCUAAUGCGGAGUUCUCCCUGUGACAGCUGUCGGACAAGUUGGUCUCCCUGUUUUGUCUCAUUUCAUGCAAACGGGUAUCGGAUGUUCGUGCCCUGGACUAUGAUGCAAAGUCUUUCACUCUGGAUGGGGUGACGUUUAACAUCUCAAGUACUCAAGUACUGAUUUAACCGUUCGGCUCCUGUCUUUUGUGUUUUCACAGGUUGAUUCGAUGUAGAUCAAGGGUCUUCAGCACUUCUCUCUCAGCUUCACCAAGUGGCUAGGAAGUUUAUGGACAAUGCUGUGAUGGGCCCCUCACAGGUUGGAAUCCUGAUGGAUCGGUCCUAGUUUUGUUAUGGUUCCUGAUCGGAGUCCGGCUGGAUUUCGGGUCACCUGUUCUAUUUGGUUUGGACUGUUUCAUUGUUCCUGUUUUGUGGUUAUUGUGUAGAAUCUCCAAAGAAAGGGGAAAUGUGUGGGGAUGUGCUAUUAUACUGGGACUUGGUAUGGGUGUGGCCUAUCACUAUGGUUACCAUUUUUUCUUACUGUUGUAUUCUUUGCUGCUAUUGGUGGACAGUAAAGAAAGGGUUAAGCAAUACUCGCCUCCGUGUCUUUCAUGAAAUCAUGACUUUUCGUCAUGAAAUAGCAAAAUCAUGUAAUUGUCUAAUAAUACCAAAUCUCAUAGUACAAAGCAGAAAUUACAUUGAUAUAUUCCAAAAUCAUAUUUGAGAACCUGAUCACAACAUAAUUAUAUAGUAGUGUCUGCUGGUCUAUGAAGAAGUUCUGUAAAGGUCACAAAAUGUAUAAGAAGGUUGUCCUUAGUGUCUCCUUGUAAGUAUUUAGGGUGCACAGACAUGUGGGAUUAACCCCUUAAGGACCAAACUUCUGGAAUAAAAGGGAAUCAUGACAUGUCACACAUGUCAUGUGUCCUCAAGGGGUUAAACAAAGAAAAGGACAUAUGUAAAGAAAAAAAGUCUAGUUUAAUGUCCUUUUAUUUUAAUGCAAAGUUGCGGGAUUCUGAGAUUUUCUUUCAUUUUCUUCAGUUCUUUUUUUCAUAUACAUGAGGAACAGCAUAGUGCAGACUGUCUUGUAUGACGCAAAAAAAGAUCAGUUUAUGUUUUAAAAAGUUAAAUAGUCACAUCAAACUCUGUGGGCUCGUCACGGCUACCUUAGUGGGAAUCCGGUAUGCAGAGAUAUGUGCUCUCCCUUGCAAUUAAACACAGGUCAAGGUGGACAGGUAAGAACUCACCUGGCCUGUGAGUCUGUGCACAGGGGCUGUCCAGGAUAAUGAUCCAAGGCACAGUACAGGUACGAACAUAAGCAGGAGAAUCGUCGUGGGUGAGCCAAAGGUCCGAAGGUGCAAGAAGUCAGGAUAAACGAGGAUAAGCCGAAGUCAGAGGAUGCCAGAAGUCAGGAUACAUGAAUAACAAGCCAAGGUCAGGAGCCAAAUGGAGAACACCUGAACAGAAACACCAAUACAGGAACCAGAGUCAAUGAACUGACACUGCCCUCAGAGAGAGGCAGUUUUUUUAUACCUGGCUGUUUACAUACAACAGUGCCAUUAGAAGCAGAUGUGCAGUCAGGAGAAAGAACUUCUUUGGCAAGGCAGGAAGUAGGGAUGGUGCUUGAACAGGUGUUUCUUUGGGUAAAGGUAUAGAUGUUCCUGGAGCUGGAGGAGGGACUUUCUCAGGGGUACUGGUUGUGUUGAUUACCGUGGUCUGGGUUCCCUUUUGUGUCAUGGAACGACAACAGGCUAGACAGCAGCCAUAGCAGAUUCCAGGCUGUGUUGCCGGGAUGACAGGACGGGUAAAGACAGUACCUACUUGAACAGUUUUAGGCAGAAGUGGGUGAGUAGGGCAGAGGGAGAUAAAGUGCCCUCUUUCUCCACAGUAGAAACAAAAUCCACACCCUCUCCUACACUCUCUCUUCUUAGACAACAACCUAGUUCGGGUAAAUCCGAUCUCCAUGGGUUCCUCCCUGUCCACUGGCAUUUCACAGCUUGCUUGAGUACAAUCAGGGUGACAAGGCAGGUCCAUGAAGGUGGGUUCACGCUGUAACAGGAUGGGGUCUUUGUUUUUGUGUAUAAAGACUUUCUCUAGGUAACCGAGAUCUGCCGGUACCUGGAGCAGGCUUGGGAGUUGCUUUCCUGGAGGCAAUGCACUGAGAGUCCAUCGCAGACAUGAACGACUCCCAGCUGUCCAAGACAGUGCUUUUCUCCUGCAGCUUCUGGAAUGCCCACUCCUUAAUCCGUCCAGAAAGUAAAUUAAUAGCAGAAUGGACCUUGACAAAGUCGCUGUAAUAGGUCUUGGGCUUAAGGACAAACAGGAGCUCACAAUCCAUCCUGAAUGUUGUAAAUGAGGAACGGAAACCAUCAAAUCUAUCAGGCAUCACAACAAACGGCUCUGGAUAAGCAGGUUCUGGGGCUGGGCAUACCGUGCCUUUAAGAAAUAGAACUUCUUGCUGCAGCUCUGAAACAGUCUGAGCCAGGCUGGACACUUGCUGGGAAAAUAGUGUGCACAUCUCUGCGGAUUCCAUAAUGGUCAGUUCAUUCUGUCACGGCUACCUUAGUGGGAGUCCGGUAUGCAGAGAUAUGUGCUCACCCUUGCAAUUAAACACAGGCCAAGGUGGUCAGGUAAGAACUCACCUGGCCUGUGAGUCUUUGCACAGGGGCUGGGCAGGAUAAUGCUCCAAGGCGCAGUACAGGUACAGACAUAAGCAGGAGAAUUGUCAUGGGUAAGCCAAAGGUCAGAGGGUGCCAGAAGUCAGGAUAAACUAGGGUAAGCCGAAGUCAGAGGAUGCCAGAAGUCAGGAUACAGGAGCCAACUGGAGAACACUGGAACACAAACACCAAUACAGGAACCAGAGUCAAUGAACUGACACUUCCCUCAGAGAGAGGCAGUGUUUUAUACCUGGCUGAUUAGACAUACUAUACAGCUGGACCAUGAUUGACAGGAGCAGUCAGAGGUUUGUCCAGCCCCCAGUGCUGGAGACAUGGCAAGGAUAAGUUUCAAUCCAAGCCAAUAACUGAAGUGGCUCAGAGGCAGGAAUACAGGCUGAGAACCAUAAAGCACCCAGGUUCAAAUCCCUUGUUGGGCACUUCUGGGGCGACCUCAUCUGGCAGUCUGGAUGUCACGGCGAGAACCAUGACAGGGGUCAGGUCCACUUACUCUGCCCUAUGUUAUAAAUAGAAAUCUCUCUAUCUAAAAGCUUGAUUACUGUCUGUGUUUAAAUAGUAGAAUCUCUUUCUCCCACUGAUUCCAAAGCCCAUUUGGAUAAAUUCCAAAUAGCAUGACCACAUAAUCUUGGCUUCUCCUGCAUUUCUGAUAUAAUUUCUCAGCUUCCUCUGCCUUCUGGAUUGUGAUCGGUAAAAAGUAAGUCUUACUGUAUUCAAGUCUGAAGCUGUAAAUCUGCAUGCUGUUAGACUCAGAAAAACAAGCAGUCUGCUGACAUGUGGUAGCCUGAUCCAAUCACAGUGCUUCCCCAUAGGAUUGGCUGAGACUGACAAGGAGGCAGAUCAGGGGCAGAGCCAGCAUGAUUCAAACACAGCUCCUCAUAGAGAUUAAUUGGAUCAAUUAAUCUCUAUGAGAAAAGUUCAGUCUGCAGAAAAUACAGUGUUUACAUGAGAAAGGUUGCAGGGAGCUAUAGUUCUCACCUGAACAACCUCAUUAAGCUGAAGUUGUUCUAUUGACUAUAGUGUCUCUUUAAGUUGGUAAACCGAUAAUGUUUCUUCAGACAACUUUUCCAUGAUAGCUAUUAAUACACUAACUCAAAAUAACAAAAACUGAAUUUAUAUAUUUGACUUCCUUCUUCCUCAAAUUACUCAGGAUUCAAAAUAUAAAAAGUGAAAAUAUAAUGAAUAAGGAGAUCUAUGGCAAAAAAGUAAGAAAGAUAGAUAUAAAAACUCCAAAUGGUAACAAAGCCCCACUAGUUACAUUUCAGUUUUUACACCCACUACCUGGCUAUGGCUGAAGGAGGGGAAAGUGCCAUAAUAUGGGGGAUCUUUUUUUUUUCUAAUACACAAAAAUGAAAACAUUUGUAACAUACUCACAUUGAAAGGAACUGUGCAAUUUGAUGAUAAAAGAAGAGAGAAGAAGAUAGAAAUAAAGGUAGUGUUAUUUAAAAGCAGAAAUAAUGGAAUAAAAUAAGAGACUAUACUAUAAUAUCCAAUUAUUUCAAUAUAUUGUUCAACAAAUCCAAGGAAUUCAUGUUUAAAAUGGAAUAAUGAGGCAAAAUGUGUGUUUUGUUGUUGAACUAAUUUGCAUAUGCCCACCCAGAAUCCCUUGCAGUAGUAGCAUCACUCAUAAUUUGGGAUUUAUGUGGGAAAAGCAAGUCUUAUGGCUUGACUGGUGUGCAGAUCUGUGUUUAACAAUGUAUUAACUGUGUACUGACUUCAGGUGGAAGGGGUUUACAAUCACUAUUUUUCCUCACCAUAACCUUUUUGAUUUUUGCUUCCCAAGCACUACCAAGCCUCAAUAGCAAGCCAGUAACCAACCUCAUGUUGAUGAGUUGCAUUAACAAUGAAACAGCUGUCCUUGAGUGGCCUACUAGCAUUGCAUCUCUUCCUGAGUUGUGUUUCAAAGCUGUUUUAUACAGCAAACACAGACUCAAAGAAACCCAUGUUUAAAAUGGAAUAAUGAGGCAAAAUGUGAUUCUUUGUUGAACUCCUUUGCAGUAGUAACAUCACUGCAAAUUUGAGAUUUCUGUGGGAAAAGCAAGUGGCUGGUGUGGAGAUCUGUUUUUGACUAUGUAUUGACUAUAUAUAUAUAAAGAGAGAACACCAACAGACUUCAGAAUAGCAUUGGUGCAUUGUGUGUAGAUUGAUGACACCUGUAUAUCAGAGCUCUGACUGGGAUUGACUGGGAGAUCACAAUUGAUAUUUGACCACCCCAGCCUUUGAUAAUUGUGUGCAGCCUUAUAGUAGCAUCAGCCACAUCACCAGAUAAAAAAAAACACAACAAAUGAAAGUCCCAGAGUCACCAAACAAUUAAAAAGUAUACAAAAUCUCUGAUUGAAGACCACUGAACUUAUAAUACAAGGGAAGGUGUUCUAUAAUAGGCAACAUAUAUAUUGAAUGGUUUUCUAGAGGUAAAUCUAACAUAAGCUUUAGAAUUUGUCCCUCAAAUUGUAGAAAUGUCAUUUUAAUAAUACUUUCCAGAGGCAUUGAAAUAACGACAAAGUGUAAUUUAAAAUAAUUUUUGUAGUUACUAAUAAAAUUGCACUUGUUGUCAUGUUUUGCAUUAGUAUUAAUAGGUUUAAUCAGCUAAUAAAAUACUGCAAUAAUACCUAUUUACAUGAAUUUAUCAGAAUAGGUUUAUUUAAAUAAAAAUGAACAGGUCUCAUUAGAUCGUUUCAUUAAUCCUUUUGACCUUGUUCUCUGGCAUCUUAAAAUAUAGUUUUAUUUUGUAUCAUUAGUUAUGUUGUGAAACUUUCUGCGCUCCUGCUAGUGUGAAGUCUUCCCUAGAUCACUUCUUGCAUAAUCAUGAAAUAUUUGAUUUCCCACCUUGCUCUGAGAUGAAACGCAAUCUUGUUUCAAAAUGUUUAUGUUGGGUGCUUUGUAAUUGUGCCAGCAUGUGAUAGAAUAUAUAGUAUUUUAUUUUUGUGGCAUGUAAAUAAAAUGUUUCUUUUUCGGUUAUUUCUGUAAAUGGUCUAAUAAUGUAGUCAGAAAUUUACCACCAUAACUCAAAUACAAUCAUUUCCAAGUGACCACAGAGCACAGAAUCUUGGCAGAUAGUUGAUAAAACACAAACAUUGUUCACCCAGGUUAAGCAAUCAUGAAUAUUAAGUUAAUGACAAAGAAACUAAUUCGAAGCAAUAAAACAGUUUUCUUAAUAAAUGUAAUUUAAUGAAAUCUAUUUAAUAUUUACACAUAGUUAUAGUGAAGACGAGAACGUGAUGAACGAUACAUGUUAUAUUGUAAUGGAGACAAAAGAUGCAGCGAUUUUUGAAGAGUUUCAGUAUGAUGUUAUUGUGUUCUCGAUCCAGCUAAUGUAGUUGCAGACUUUUGUGUAGACACCAGGGUAGUCUCUCUGAGCACAUCCCUUUCCAAAAGAGACCACACCAUGGAGCUGUCCAUCACAUAAUACAGGACCACCAGAGUCACCCUGAUAGGAGAGAGAAUUUAAAAAAAAUCAGAUUACAUCAACUUUGAUGAUUACAUCAAGAUCAGAUAAUCAUUUAGUGAUAACUACGUGAGGUAAUUACAUGGAGAUCCUGGGUUUGGUUCCCACAGGUAAAUACAAAAACACAACUCGAGUAUUAUUAAAAUGCUUGUUUUGAAUUCCAUCAAGAUCAGGCCAUCAUUAGAAAAUAAAGUAACAAAUAGUGAUUAUUGUCUUGAAAUGAUAAAAUAUAAAAUAAUGAAAUCAAUGUGUCGGCUUGUCAGAUAUCUUUUAAACUGGAAUACCUAAACCAUUUUAAUAGAGGGUGGUGUCAGGUGACAGCUGCUAGGUCAGGACGGGUAAGAUACAUUACCUGGCAGGAAUCCUUGCCACCUUCAAUGAAUCCAGCACAGAACAUGUUACUGCUGAAUCUCCAAGGGUAGGCUUUACUGCACUGGGAGGAAGGCAGGAUCGGGGCAUUCAGACACUGCAGGAGAUCUGGGUAAAUUUCUAAAUAAAAUAAAAGCCUUAGUUGGUAAAUCAGGAAUGUGUUUGGUCAUUUCUCAUGAGACAACAAUAUGGAAAAAUGUAACUUUUCUUACAAGGUAUGACACAAAUUACCUUAUAAGAAAAGUUCCAAUUAAAAAUGGUAUUUUGGAAAACUAAUUGUAUGACAUUUUUCAAAUUACCCUAUUGUUGGAUCUAUUUAAACCAGCUAGAGUACAUUAACAUAUCAAUGUCUGAAUGCUAUAUGGUUAAAGUCAAUAUAAAGAAAUAUAGUCAUUCACAUAGUAUAAGGAUCUAAGACCUUUUAAUUACCUCCAUCACUCAGUGUAUUUCCCCAUCCAGCAAUCAGACACCUAGUACCUGCGGCAGGACAGCCAGAGGGAAGAGACACAGUAUUCACAUAUGAAUUCAAGGUGGCAGGUGAGGCAAGCUUGAUCAACAUGAUGUCAUUGUCAAAGGUAAAUCGAUUGUAGUUGCUGUGUGUGAUGACCUUGACUGAGCUGAUGAACUGCUCAGUGCCCUCUCUCACAGCGAUGUUGUGCUCACCCAGUCUAACAUCAAAGUGUCUGCAAGAGUGAAAAGUAAGGCAAUCAGAUACACCUGAGUAGGGUUUUUAAUAAUUCUAUGACACCACAUGAAGACCUGCUACCUGUAUUUUUCCCCAUGCAGACAUUGGCCUUGUUUAAAUAUUUUUGACAAUGCUUUUAAAAUUAAUUAGUCAUUUUCGAUAAGGUUUUAAUUUUUUUUUUAAACAUUAAAAUAUAUAUAUAUCAACGUAUCAAAUAUAUAAAAUAUUUUUUAAAAACAUUAAAUUACAUUUUAAAUGUUUAUCCAAAAAUAUUACUUUGAGGACAUUGUCCUAUACUUAAUUUAUAAUUUACUUUGCAAAAUUAACCAGGACUGAUAUAUAUUUACAAUUUUAUGCUUUUCAAAGACUCUUAUUGAUAUUUGGAGUGGUUAAAGUACACUUACGAGCUGUAGCAAUGAGCAGCAGAGAGCACCCAUUGGCUGGUGAUCAGAGAACCUCCGCAAUAAUGGUAACCGACGUUCAGUGAUACAAUGUAUGGGACGGAGUUCUUGGUGCAGAUGUAACCUCCGACAAUCUUAUCAUCAUCAAAUGCAGCUGUGGCAGAAAGAACAUUAAGUAAAAAAAGUGUGAAAUGUGACACUCUAGGAAGUAGUGGGAUUACUGGACCCAAUAUCAUUUAAUUACCAUUAUUUUAUUAGAUAAAGUAUAACAAGGUGGACCUACUGAAUUACUACUUAAAUUCCCAGAUUAAGCCACAAGAAGAUACUCACCAGCUACUCCCAGGAGAGCACAGAUAAGAAGGAGUUUCAUGGUUUAGAAGGACUCAAAGGUGUUAGAGAUAUGUUCUUGGAUGGGAUUAUUCUGCCAUUUAUACUUUUACUUAAACUAAGCCUUCCCCCUUUUAUCUCUCUUGCAACACACAGAUGGAAAGUGUUCGCAGUGUACUGGUAAAGGUUACUAUUAUCAGUGGCCUUGUACAAAGCAAUAUUUUGGGAGUGUAAAUGGUAAACGUCACUGUGUUCUUGAUGAUAAUCAUUGUAUUGAUUCUACUAAAAUUAGGAUACUAUUAAUUUUACUGUAGACAUUUCCUUUUGGGCAAAGGUUUUUAGUUGAGUCACUGUAUUUUCUACAUACAGUUGAAAUAUUUUGUUAAACUUGUAUAGUACAUCAUAUUUGUAUCCAAUACCUCUUGUCAAAUUAUUUUGCUAAAUGCUUUCAAUCUAUUUUAAUGAUUAUUUCUGCUGUCAUCCUGUGCUUGUUGUGUAUAUAAUGUAUUUAGCAAAAAAUACCAAAUAUCGUAAGACCACAGUUCACAGAUUUGUUGGUGUUAAGAUGUUUGUUGGUGUUGUUAUAUACAUUUCUUUUUUAAGUUUUGGUUAUAUUUCUGAACAAUCUAUCGAUCUUUAUGCACUUAUCUGGCAAAAGUAAACUAUAUUGAUUCCAGCUAAAUCUGUUCUUAUUUUGCCUCAAUCUCAUACAUACACUUAUAGCAAACCCUUAAUGGGAUUUAUAAUGUCAAAAUUAUAGCUUUAUAAAUAUAAACAUGAUUAAAACUGUUUUUGUGUUUUGUUUUUUUAAAUAAUAAUGGAUUAUUUAAUUUGGUUUGAUUGCUACUAAAUAAAGUAUUUUUGGGAAAUACCCCUGUUGUAUUUGGACGUAUACUUUUUAUUUGUUUUUACUGUCUUAAGUUUGUAUAUUAUUUUAUUUGCUUUCUGAUCCUAUUCCUGGUACUGUGUAAGAACAAUCUAGUUACUGGCUGCUGAACAUUUGGUCCUUGGUUGGUCUUUGAGCAGAGUUGGCUGCUCAACCAUUUGUGAGUGAUAAUGUGAUUUCAUUGUGAGUGUAAUGAUUUCAUUAUUUGGUAUAUUUUUAUCUGGACAGAGAGCACUAUAUUGUGUUUCUUUUAUUAUUCCUAUGUAUAUUGUCACGGCUGAAGAAUCUGUGACCAAUCGAUAUCCAUGUGAUGUGGAUUAUACCAUCAUUUGCUUAAUUCAUUGAGCUUAAGUUUUACUUAUUAGAUCCCUCAGUGUAAUAUUUUACAAUAAUACACUAUUGUUUGCUCUUCUCUCUUCUUUUGGAGAGUGUUGCUGCAUUUGGCUACUUUUUUCUAUAAUUUUAAAUGCACUUUGAAUUCUCACUUCAGUAAAUAACUCUGAGAAUGUUUCCUCUUCUUCUUUAAUUCUAAAAAAAUAUGUUCAGCAAACUGCAGGUAUUAAAGCCACAAAGAUUACACAAAAAAGCAAUCUUGCUUAAAGGACCACUCUAGGCACCCAGACCACUUCAGCUUAAUGACGUGGUCUGGGUGCCAGGUCCAGCUAGGGUUAACCCAUUUUUAAAUAAACAUAGCAGUUUCAGAGAAACUGCUAUGUUUAUUAAUGGGUUAAGCCUUCCCCCUAAUCCUCUAGUGGCUGUCUCAUUGACAGCCACUAGAGGCGCUUGCGUGCUUCUCACUGUGAUUUUCACAGUGAGAGCACGCCAGCGUCCAUAGGAAAGCAUUGUAAAUGCUUUCCUAUGCGACCGGCUGAAUGCGCGCGCAGCUCUUGCCGCGCGUGCGCAUUCAGCCGACGGGCGGAACGGAGGAGGAGAGAAGGAGGAGAGCUCUCCGCUCAGCGCUGGAAAAAGGUACGUUUUAACCCCUUUCCCCUUUCCAGAGCCGGGUGGGAGGGGGACCCUGAGGGUGGGGGCACCCUCAGGGUACUAUAGUGCCAGGAAAACGAGUAUGUUUUCCUGGCACUAUAGUGGUCCUUUAAACAAGGUGUUGAAAAGAAAAUAUAUUUAGUAAACAUAGUUGUAAGCUGAUUUCAGUAGAAUUGAUAACACAGUUAUUAUUGGGAACAUGGUGACGUUUGUAAUUUCCUCUCCAAAAAUAUCACUCAAUACAAGGCCACUGAUAAUAGUAACCUUUACCUGUACACAUUAAACACUCUCCGUCUGCGUGUUGUAAUCAGGGUAAAGGGGAAGGGCUAGUUCAGGUUAAAAUAUAAAAGGCAGAAUAUUCUUCCCUCAAAAAACACAUCUCCCUUGCUUUUCAAUCUCCACCAUGAAGCUGAUUCUGAUCUAUGCUCUGCUGGGGGCAGUUGGUAAGUGUCUUACUGCUGAUUACUAUGUAAUUAGCAUGGUUUGAUUUUUUUUGUUUUUGUAAUCAUAAAUCAAGUUUCCAUUAGGCCACCAUAUUUGUUAUUCAUAUCUCUCAGGCCACAAGCAAAAAAUAUUUUUACUUAAUGUAAGAUAAUAUUCAAAGGAUCUAAGGAUCCUUUUAUUUCCAUGCUUUCCUGUAUAAUAACCAAUAUAUUUGCUCAUUAGGACUUAUUCUAUUUAUUGGACAUUGUGUCAAACCUUUACCUGAUACAGCAUUAUUAGGUUCUAAAAUUUGUAUCACUAAAUCUUUGUUUUUUUCCCCAAAUGUUUGAAUAUUUUAUAAAGAAAGAUACUAUAUACUGUAUUGUGCCUAAUUCACAUUCCCACUGCCCACAGCUGCAUUUGGGGAUGAUGAUGAUAAGAUUGUAGGAGGUUACACCUGCACCAAGAACUCCGUCCCAUACAUUGUAUCACUGAACAUCGGUUACCAUGAUUGUGGAGGUUCUCUGAUUACCAGCCAGUGGGUGCUCUCUGCUGCGCAUUGCUACAGAGUGUAAGUAUGUUUUAUCACUAGAGGGAAACACAAUUUGACAUCUGUCUGGAGAAGAGUUUCCUAUUUUAUCUUAAAGACUGGAUGGGAUGGUUAAAAUAUUAAAAUGUUGUAGAAAGGUUUUGUUAACAUGUAUGUAAUUAACCUCCAUUCCCUCUGACAGGAGCUUUCAGGUCAGACUGGGAGAGCACAACAUCGCUGUGAGUGAGGGCACUGAGCAGUUCAUUAACUCUGCAAAGGUCAUCAAACAUCCCAACUACAACUCCAGGAGCCCAGAUAAUGAUAUUAUGCUGAUCAAACUUGCCUCCCCAGCUACCCUUAACUCUUACGUCACGACUGUGCCUCUGCCUUCCAGCUGUGCCUCUGCCGGCACUCGCUGCUUGAUAGCUGGCUGGGGAAACACGCUCAGCAGUGGAAGUGAGUGAUAACAGGAAAAAAUGGACGUGCAGUAUAAAAUAAUAAUAAGAAUAAAAAUGUUUCCUAUGAUGAUUAAUUGCUGUAUAUUGGGACAUUAGUAUUGGGUAGUAAUAUAUAAUUAUAUAUGUUUGAGAUUUAUUCAGAACUAUUGAUAAUACAAUAAAUUAGAUACACUUUUCAUUAACUACAGAGAAUAACCAACUGGUCAAGCUAGUCUGAUCCCUAAAAACUGCUAAUGGAUACACAGACUGUUUUUUUUUUCUCUCGUAGUGCACUCAUUAUUGAGACAGAUAUAGGACAUUUUCUUAUCUCAUCAGCCAAUCCAGACAAUCUCUAUUUAAUGAAGCAUAUGCAGCUCUCCAGUCAUUUAACUCAUAGAGCCACACUGUAUUUUGACCAAUGGCUAAGAAUUGAUUAAGUUUUCAGUCUGGCUUGUAUGACAAUAAUUAGAAUGAACUAAAACUUGUUUUGUUUUAGCGAAUUACCCAGAUCUCCUGCAGUGUCUCGAUGCCCCCAUUCUGACAACAAGAGAGUGCAGCAUUUCCUACCCCGGGAAAAUCACUGGUAACAUGUUCUGUGCUGGUUUCAUUGAAGGUGGCAAAGAUGCUUGUCAGGUAAUAUUUCCAGCCAUGACUCUAAAUAUUUAACAUGUAUAUAUAGUAGUCAGUAUACGUGCAUGUAUUGAGAUAUUUUUAUACACGUAGAUUAUUCGUGAUUAAUAUACCCACAUCUAACUGUCUCUGUCAUGUUCCUCCAGGGUGACUCUGGGGGUCCCGUGAUCUGCAAUGGUCAGCUCCAGGGUGUGGUCUCCUGGGGAUAUGGCUGUGCUCUGAGGAAUUAUCCUGGAGUCUACACCAAGGUUUGCAACUACAUCGACUGGAUACAGAACACUAUCGCUUCAAACUAA